GAGGGGAGGGAGUGCGAGUUCGGCGUGUGAGAGUGUGUGUGCAGCGGAGAGAAACAGAAACAGUCUCUGGUUUUGCGAGAGGUUAGAGGAGCACCAGGCAGCGUGUGCGUGUAUGUGUGUGUGUGUUCUCGGAGGACCCCGGGUGUCGGACGCGUAUGUUGUCGUGGAAGGACUCCUGCAUCUCAGACCCCUUGUUUCAGCAUGCUUACUGAGCCUGAGCUUCCUCAGGAGUUUAACAGGAUGUCUUCCAAGCGACCAGCCUCUCCAUAUGGGGGAACAGAUGGAGAGGUAGUCAUGGCGACGAGCAGACAGCGAUUGGAGGAUGAAGAGGUUGACGGACAUGCUGUCAUUCACUUGCCCCUGAGUACGUACUGCAGCAAAGUGUCCCCGCGAUCUCCGCGACUGCUCGACAGCCCCCCAACACUACACGCGAACAUGGAUCAGGAUGGCUGUAAAGGCCUGGCCCUGAGCCCUUACCCCCAGCACAACUCUUCUACCUCACCCAGUAAGCAGCAGCAGCAGCAGGAGGAGGGGUCCAUGCGGCCGGGGAGCGAACCCAGCUCCGCUUCAGCUCUGGGCACACCAGAGAGACGCAAGGGCAGCCUGGCCGACGUGGUCGACACGCUCAAACAGCGCAAGAUGGAGGAACUCAUCAAGAACGAGCCAGAGGAGGCCCCCAGUAUUGAGAGGCUGUUGUCUAAGGACUGGAAGGACAAGAUAUUGGCCAUGGGUUCUGGCAACUUUGGAGAGAUCAAAGGCACCCCGGACAGCCUGGCGGAGAAAGAGCGCCAGCUGAUGGGGAUGAUCACACAGCUCAGCAGUCUCAGAGAGCAGCUACUUGCCGCCCAUGAGGAGCAGAAGAAACUGGCCGCUUCGCAGAUCGAAAAACAGCGCCAGCAAAUGGAGUUAGCGAAACAGCAACAGGACCAGAUUGCACGACAACAGCAGCAACUUCUGCAGCAACAACACAAAAUCAACCUCCUGCAGCAACAGAUCCAGGUCCAGGGUCAGUUGCCUCCACUGAUGAUUCCCGUGUUCCCUCCAGAUCAGAGAACUCUAGCGGCCGCUGCAGCACAACAAGGAUUUCUACUUCCUCCAGGGUUCAAUUACAAACCAGGCUGCAGUGACCCUUACCCUUUACAGCUAAUACCUACAACUAUGGCAGCAGCUGCUGCGGCGACGCCUGGCCUCGGCCCUCUUCAGCUGCAGCAGUUUUAUGCAGCUCAGCUGGCUGCCAUGCAGGUGUCUCCGGGGGCCAAACACAGCACAGUGCCUCAGGCCAACCUGGCAACCGGAACACACUCGCCCACCAGCGGCCAGAGCGAGAAAAACAGAAGCACCCCGCCACCAAAGCCCAAGGACGAGGGCGCUCAGCCCUUGAAUCUGUCGUCCAAGCCUAAGGCAUCCGAGAGCAAGUCACCCAACUCCCCCGCUUCCCCACAGGUCCCUGCCCUGAAGCUGGGCCCCGGGUCCCUGAAGCACAGCGCCCCCUCCAGCAUCGGAGGACCGCCGUCCAGACUCAGCUCCAUAGACCUGCUGUCGUCCAUCACCUCCGGCGGCUACCUGAACGACCAUGAGGCAGUGACCAAAGCUUUCCAGGAGGCCCGACAGAUGAAGGAGCAGCUAAAGAGAGAACAGCAGGUUCUCGACGCCAAAGUAGCGGCAGUCAACAGCCUGAGCCUCAACAAUGGUCGCUCAGAGAAGGAUAAAGCCGCUCUUGAAAGCCUGAGCCAACAGUUAAAACAUUCUGAAGAGAGCAAGUUCACUCAUGCAAUGAUGGACUUCGGCAUCAGUGGCGAUUCAGAUGGAAGCCCGAGUGUGUCAGACUCACGGAUCUUCAGGGAGGCUCGAGGACGUGGCAGCAGCGAACCGCACAUCAAGCGGCCCAUGAACGCCUUUAUGGUCUGGGCUAAAGACGAGAGGAGGAAGAUCCUUCAGGCUUUCCCUGACAUGCAUAACUCAAACAUCAGCAAGAUCCUCGGUUCUCGUUGGAAAUCCAUGACCAACCUGGAAAAGCAGCCAUAUUAUGAAGAACAGGCCCGUCUUAGUAAGCAGCACCUAGAGAAAUACCCAGACUACAAAUACAAACCACGGCCAAAACGCACCUGCCUAGUGGACGGAAAGAAAUUGCGCAUUGGAGAAUAUAAGGCCAUCAUGCGCAACCGCAGACAGGAAAUGCGCCAGUACUUCACCGUAGGGCAGCAAGCCCAGUUGCCCUUGUCCUCAGCGGGCGUUGUGUACCCAGGCGCGCUCUCUAUGGCAGGAAUGCCCUCUCCACAGAUGCCCUCUGAGCACUCGAGCAUGUCUAGUAGCCCCGAACCAGUCCCACCCAGCAGCCAGCCCUCUUACCUCACACACAAGGGGGAGGUGCCUCGUGUUAAAGAGGAGGAGCUCCGAAUGGACGACGGCAACGGCGAAGCCUACGAUGACUUCGACUACGAAGAUGAUGACGGGGACUAUGGCAGUGACAGUGAGAAUCACAUCACUCAGUAAAGCUGCCGAUCACGGCCAUCUCACCAGUCACCUGGCAUCUCACGCGAGCAAACUUCAUUCCACCCCCAUACACCGUCCAAUCAGGACUCCUCCAGAGCCAAGCCCGAUAUUCACAGCAAAGCACAGGACCUGUCGAAAUCAAAGUGACUGUUACAUGGAAAGGAGGGUCUUGUAAAGGAAGUAUAACACUUGCCUUGACUCCCGCUGAACGAACGAACCGCGGCAAGUUCACAUUGAAUCACGAGUAAGCUACGACGACAUAGGAACAAUGACCCUUAACCGGUUUGUUGUCGAGACAUUUAUUACUAAGGACCUGUCAGUCGACCCGUCAUAGACACUUUAAAACGGUGGACCUGUAUGUUUCUAAAGAGACACUUUUAAACAGCUUUUUUCUUGGUUCUAUAAUCUUCUCACUCAGGUACACAGUGCCAACAAGUGGCUUGUGAAUGUGUUUUUGUUGUUUUUGUGCAACAGUUUUAAUAGAGAAAAAAGACUUAUUUUCCUCUUCACCGUAAAGCACCUGAGAGGAGUAAAAUGACAGACAUUUCCUUUUUUUUUCUCUCUCUUCGGUGUGCUAUUAGCUGAAUCUUUCUAUCAUCCUCACACCCAUGUCCUAUCACUCAAAGAUGUCAUUUCUGUUGGACGAAAGGAUGGAAGGGAGGAUUCGCGUCCCUUCACUCAGGAGUUCGGACAUCGCUGGAUGACAGACAAUCCCUUCUCCCUCACAUCUUUUCCUCUUGACACGCUUUUACUCUUCCUUUCUCCUCCUCUUCUGUAGGAGCUUUGGUUGUUGACGUCUCUCUCAGGUGUGGAGACAAACUUUACGAGAUAGCACAAACUUUGUGUUUGAUGGACAGCCAACAUGGCGAUGGUUAUCAUGGAGAGUGAAGCCUCGAGCAGAAUUAUUGUAUGCGUGCACAUUUCUUUAUGUUUGUGUGUGUGGAUGAAUGCGCAUUUCGCUAGGUUUUAAGUUAAUUUUUAUUACGUGUAGACGGUUGAUGUGCUGGUCAUGUGAACAUUUGCAAAAGGAAAAACAUUAAUAUUCAAUAUGUACGAUUCAUGCUAGCAGCCAGAUCAGUGCGGAAGGCAGCCAAAUGUUUAAUAAUAACGCUGUAUUUAUCAUUCUUUUUGUUUUAAUUUUUCGUCCGGUCAUUCAUUUGAUGUUAAUUUUUUUUUCCCCGUCAUUCUCAUUGUCUCCCCGAACAACUUGUUUCUGUCAUCGCUGGGUGACAGACAUCGCUGCACCUCAUUCUGAAAGGAAAGGAGGAGACACGGAGAGAAAAGCUCUCUUGAAGAGAGGCUGUGCUUGAAUGGCGUAUUGAAGGAGGAGAAUAGAGUUCCCACAAGCCCCGGUGCUCAGCACUCUGUUUUCAAAGGACAGCUCUGAGAGAAACCAGGGAGAUCUCUGUUCAAGACGAGCACGAGUGUGCGUUUCAAUCAGCGCCCCUUAAUAUAUCUCACAUCUCUACUCCUCCGAAGGGCAGGGGCUUGUGUUCUGUCUCUCUCUCUCUCGCUCCUCUUUAUUUCCCAUCUAUCACUGGUUUUAUCAGUGCAGAGGAGUCUCCGAGCCGGGCCAUCAGUCAUCCGCUCUCUGUGUGGCUCUGACUGACCCACUCCAUCUUACUGCACCUGUGUGGCUGCUGUUGGCACAGCGAUGGCGUUUGAUUGACGUCUGCCCUAACCGUAACUACUCUGCCAGCCUCUCCCUGGCCUGGUGUGGGCAUAAGCGGGCAGCUGGAUGACAGAGACACAAGCUGUUAGGUGAACAGCAGCCAGACUCCAGACAUUAAUAUCUGUUUUUCCCCUUCACAUCUACCCAAAGGCCGUCCACUCACAACACAUAUCAAAUUAUAUAUUUAGAAUUCACACGUAUAACUAAAACCAUAUUUGAAUUUUCUGGCCUACUUGAGAUUUUUUUUUCUAACCAUAAAUGUUAAAGGUACUCUUGACGCCUGUAGCGCUAGCAAAGUGAUGACCAAUCGCAUUUAGCGUGUUCGUCUUUGUCUAGUUUAUUCGGUUCGAUGAGCUCCAGUCCCGUCUGUUGUUUGUAUUUGUGUUUUGCCUCCAUGUCAACGUCUCUCUGCUGUCGAGGUUGGGAGGAGCCGUUUCAGACUCUGCAUGUUAA